AUGGUGUACGGUCAGGUACUGCAUCCACCCCACGACUGCUUCAUCAAUGUUAAUGUUGGAGGCUUCAAGCAACGACUGGGCCACGCCGUUCUGCAACGCUUCCCGCAGACCCGCCUCGGCCGCCUCCUCUGCUGCAGCUCCAAAGAGGCCAUCCUGGAGCUCUGCGACGACUUCAGCCCCUCGGAAAUGGAGUACUACUUUGACCGCAACCCUCGUUUUUUCUGUUACGUCCUCAAUUUCUACCUCACCGGAAAAAUCCACCUGGUGGACGGGCUGUGCGUGGUCUCGUUUUGCCAGGAGAUCGAGUACUGGGGCAUCAAGAAGGGCCAGCUGGACUGCUGCUGCAGCGGCCGGUUCCACGAACUGAUGGAGAUGGCUGAGGACGAGCGCUGGGAUCAGAGGAGCGACGACGGGCAGCAGCUUCACAGCCUGGGCUCUUCUCUCGAGGAGCUGGCGUCUUCGGUGGACGACGAGGAAAUGUUUGAGGGCUCCUGGUGCGCCAGCGCCCGCCGGAGCGUUUGGCUUCGCCUGGAGAAUCCGGGCUUCUCCACCUCAGCCAAGGUGCUGGCUGUCGCCUCGCUGAGCGUCGUCCUCGCCUCUAUCGUGGCCAUGUGUGUUCACAGCAUGCCAGAUUUCCAUCAAGUGGAUCUCGAUGAAAAGGAGAUAGAGAAUCCAGUGCUGACUUUCUUUGAGUACUUCUGCAUCCUGUUCUUCUCGGUGGAAUUUGUUCUGCGUUUGGUUGUAGCGCCGUCAGCUCGAAGGUUCUUGUGCAGCCCCCUCAAUAUCAUUGACUUAUUAUCGAUCGUUCCCUUCUUCGUCACAAUGACCUGUGAUAUGUUGAUGGAGGACGACAGCACGGAGCUGGAGAACGUGGGCAAGGUGGUGCAGAUCCUCAGGCUGAUGCGAGUGUUUCGCAUCUUCAAGCUGGCCCGUCACUCGGCGGGUCUCCGCUCGCUCGGCGCCACGCUGCGGCACAGCACCCGGGAGGUGGGGCUCCUGGUGCUGUUCCUGUCCGUGGGCAUCUCCAUGUUUUCCGCCCUGGUUUACUGUGUGGAGAAGGAAUCUCAGGAGUCGGAGCUGCAGACUAUCCCCAUCGCCUGGUGGUGGGCCACCAUCAGCAUGACCACGGUGGGCUACGGGGACACUUUUCCUGUUACUUUCGCCGGGAAGCUGAUCGGAACCGUGUGCAUCAUCUGUGGGUUGCUGAUUGUGGCGCUGCCCAUCACAAACAUCUUUAAUAAGUUCUCCAAGUUUUACCAGAAGCAAAGACACUUGGAUCUCAAGCAAACCUUAAAAUAA